AAUAAUCAGAUUUUGGGUGGAUGAUUAGAAAAUCAGCUCAUACAGGCGGGAAGGUAUAAACGCUGUGCCUUCCCAAUCGAUUCUCAUUUCUGGGUUUUAAUUAUUGAUCAUCCAUCCCCAUAAAAGCGAUGUCGAUUCAUCAUCGCUUAAGUUUAUCACUCACAUUCUUCCACUUUUUACUCCUCUUUUCUUCAAGAAUUUCAGCGAUCAGGAAUAAUAUUGGCUUAGAAAUAACUAGCACCUGUAGGAGCACUGUUCAGGGAAGAUAUUUUCUGACCGAUGAUAAAGGCUACGUAUGUAAUGCUUUAUCUAUUGAUCCACUAUCUCAUUGCUGCCUUGGGAACGGGGAGAAAUUUCCUUGUCAUGGGUGCAAUCUUGUUUCGCAAUGUUGCAAUUCCUAUGAAUAUUGUGUUUCAUGCUGUCAGGGUCCUUCAAGGACAAAAAGGGAACAAAUACUAAAAAUCAAAAUUGCCAAGCCGGCUUCUGCAGGUACAUAUGCCAGCGUCUUUGACUUCUGUGUUGGGAGGUGUCGUCAUAAUUCUGAGAGUGUUGUGCACGAAAAUGCUUAUCACAGUGAUUACCAUCAUUGCUUUUCUCUGCCGUCAUAUUCUUCAGGAGUCAACAGUACACAACUAGAAUUCAGACUCAAUGGCAUCAACGUCGUUGUUGGAAGGCAAGGAGAGUCAUGUGAUUCAGUUUGCAAGUCAAAUGGACAAUCGUGCGUCCCAAACAAAAUUGCAGUCCUGAAUCAAUGUGACAUCAUGCAAAAAUAUUUAAGCUGUAAAGGAGGUUGCUUAGCAAGUGUUGGGUCUGACCAACCUGCUGAAGUUGCUUAUAGUGCUCCCAAAGAACUGAAUCCAGGAGCGUGCUUAUAUAGUAGCACACAGUCAAUGCUUUCUUGCGAUGGCUCUCACCAGCAUACCAGGAGGCUUUGCCCUUGCGCGUAGGAGAUUUUAUAGGGAAUGCCAUAAUUUUCAUGCUUUCAAUUGCAGAUGGAAGUAAGUUUUCAUGUCAAUAGUUUAUUUUUAAUUUAUAUUUGAGUCUGUACCAUUCCCCAUCAUCUUUUUUCUCCAUUUCUUUCUUUCUUUCUUUCUUUUCUGCUUGUGAUUUGGAGAGGAAAAAAAGGUUGUUUGGUGUAAUGGAACUUCAACGUUAUUUGUAAGAUUAAAUGCAGCAGGUUAAAAGGAGAGAGAUUAAUAUACAACAAAAGAAAGAUUAUUUCUUUAUGGACAUUUCUUCAUGUUUUGCUACUCCAUAAAGAGAGGACAAGAAAAGAAAAAACAAGGAAAUCAAAUACAAAUUUAUUGUUUCUAUUUUAUUUUAUUAUGCCUUUUGGA